UCGAGAAGGAAAAUUUUGAGAAAAUGGCGAAUAAGCUCAUCAGUGAAAUGAAUCUGCCUAAAUCAAUAGCCAAUGUGUUUGCCGCUCGUAAUAUCAUCACCGCCAAGGAUGCAUUAUCGCGAAGUGAGUUUGAGUUGAUGGAGUUGUUGGAUGUCGGGUUGGAAGAAGUAAUAGUUGCAGUGGCGCAUAUUAGUGAAAUUGCGUGCCCACCGAAUCAGACGGUAACUGUAUUAUGGAUGAAAUUUUGGGAAUGUGAUUUUGAUAGUUGUUUCAGUCAUCAUAUUGAUUUUGCCGAAAACUGUAGCAUCGUCGUCUUGAUAACUUUUCUCGACUGUGAUAUUAGGCUAUAUUCGGUAUCAUUGUACUGUCAGAUCAGUCACUUUGUGUCCCAGAGUGGCUACGGGCUAUUGCCGGUCUCCGGUUGUGCUUAG